GAUUAGUUUCCCACCUAGUUUAUAUAAACUAUUCUCGCUAUGAAUCCGACGUGCUUUUCGUCCUUGUCCAUCCUUUGCCAUGUCCUCACUUCUCUCCCUGCCCCGAGAGACAAUCGACCUAAUCGCCUUCUACAUCGCCUGUCCCACUCAUGGCGGCCUUCCCAGCUCGCUGCUGCCCUUCGUUCUCACCUGCCGCAAGAUUGGCCUCUACCUCCAUGAAUCCAACGCUGUUUUUCGUGAAAUAUUCAUCUUCAAGUACAGCUACGGUGCUGUUGGCCGCCGUGCAUUCGAUCUGACGUCGCGAGACCUGAAGCAUCAGCUUUAUUGGUAUCGCAAGACGCUUCGGUUCAUUCUGGAGCGACGAGGACUGGAUGGCGAGCGCGAGCUGAGAAACACGUAUGACGUCGACGUCUCGGACGUGCUUUGGGUGGUGUACUUUAUGUGCCUCGAUGACGACGGCUACAAUCUGAGGCAGCUGACCGCGGUCGGCGCGUACGAGUGGAUCCACGACUUUGUGACCCUGCGCUUGUAUGACGGAGCAAGCGAGAACGGGGGCUGGCCGCUCGACAACUGUGUGAAUGCGUUGGCAUUGUGGAUCUUCUGGAGACUUUCUACAAAAGCACGGUUGUUCUCUGAAACAGACGAGACAUCCGACCGUAUCAUUAAAUUGAUUCUGCCUUUUGUUACCGUCCCUUUUCGUUACGCGUCUGCCUUUGCACCGCCGAACCACUUUGAUUUGCCCCUCCAGUCCAAAGCUUACAACUUUGCUCAUCUAUCCUCUCGCAUUCCAUUUCAUACCCGGUCUGCCCAUUUUCUUUCUGUCCCUACGGCCCACGGCCCUUAUCCAGUAUACCUUUCCCCUUCUCGUGUCUGGUCACAAGUUCACUUCUCACGCCGUAUCUGCUUGACCUGUCCGCUUGUCACUACGGCUGCCAAGCUCCUUUUCUUCACACGCAGGGAGCUGUAUCCAUAUGGUAUGAACUAUAGCCUUCCUAGGAACAGGUCAGAGGCUAUAUCCAGAGGCCUAGGUGGGCAGAUUGGCCCGACGCAAGAGGACAUCCAUGAGAUGAACCUGCACCGUCUAGGCGGCCCUGACGGCAAGUAUGGGGGAACGAAGCUUCCGACUGUCGCUCCAGAUUUCUCGGACGAGGUGCCAGACAUAAGCAGAGCCUACGAUCCCGAAUGGUAUAGACUUAGGCUGUGCACCAAUGCAUGGGCUGAUGAUCUCGGAGACGAUGAUGAGAUCUGGCGAAGGGCAAAGUUGGGUAAAGGGAUGAGAGUCAAGACUGCGGACCAUGAGGUACGCGAGCUCAGAUUUCGUCAAGCCGAGAUGCACGUCCUGGGAUCACUCACCGGUUUGUGGGCCGGUCGUAUGGCUAUACCUGGUGAACAUCAGCUCCUGCAGCUGUUGAUUGCAAAUCAAAAUAACACCCGACGAAAUUCUACUCAAAAUGACAAUCCGGUACCGUUUCCCCAGGGGUUUAGCGAGGAUUACCUCGGGCUCAUAAGCGCACCCUUGUACAUGCGCCUGCGGGAGCAUGUAUCUUAUGCAGGCGGUGAUAUCGUUCCUACUGGUGCAAGUGGGGUUUCACCCUCACGUUACGAAGAUGCCGAGGAGGAAGAGGAAGAAACAGACGAGGACGACGUGGAUAGCCUAUGUGAUGUGGAAAUGGCUAGCGAGAGCGGGUCGCAGGACGAUAAUAUGCCCAUAGACGAGGACGAAAGCAGACCCGAGAUCGACCGACAACAUCUCCUUUACGAAUUCGAUCAAGGCAUGCGCAACGCCUAUUUUCCUGAAGACGUAGCCUUCCGAGACACUGUUGACGGGCAUGGUAUACGGGUGACGGCUCGGGGCCAGGAAUACGUGUAUGAGAAUUGGAAUGGAAGCGAUUCGAGGACGAAGACGAAAGGGCGGUUUCAUGACCGAGAAACAUGCGUGGGUUGUGCGAUGCGGGAGAAGCAGGAAAGGAAAAGGCGGGACGCGGGAGCUGAUGCGGCAGUAAAUGAUGAGGACGCGCCUUUGGAUAAUGUUCCUCCUCCGCCGUGUACCGGUGUGCAGGAUGUUAUCAUUACGGGAAGGACGGAUGAGAGGCAUGGACAGGCGUGGAAUCAUUACACAUACUACGGGAGGGUUAGGCGAUGGGAUGGUAUGAUUGGAAUUCUUAGGGUUGCACGCGACCGCCGCUUGGGCAACUUAUUCUUCUAUGGAUAUAUUGUCGGUGGGAAGAAUUUCGUUGGGAACUGGAGAAUAACGCAUGAAGACCCUGGUAUGCCGGCUUGGGAGGGACCAUUUACGCUCUCGAAGGUGACGGAGAGUGACGCGUACGCUUGAUCAUGACGGCAACUGAUUUUUGCUUUCGAUAUCUUGGAAAGUGUAUGUACUCGCAUGUAUUGUAGACUGGACCGGAGGCUGUACAUUGGAUUGCAUCUAAUUAUUCAUUUAGUAGUCAUACUUUGUACCAUACAUAUUAUUUUUGUCCACAUAUUUAAUGGAGAUCUAGGGCCAGAUGCCGAUAUUAUAUAGAUCGCCAAUCCCCCUCAGUGCUUGUAUUAUUGUUA